AUGACGUGGAAACGACAAUUAACUGGAUCUUCUGGGUUUGUAACAGAUGGACCUGGAAAUUAUAAAUAUAAAACGAAGUGCACAUGGCUCAUUGAAGGACAGCCAAAUAGAAUAAUGAGACUCCGUUUCAAUCAUUUUGCUACAGAGUGUAGUUGGGACCAUUUAUAUGUUUAUGAUGGGGACUCAAUUUAUGCACCACUAAUUGCUGCCUUUAGUGGCCUGAUUGUUCCUGAAAGAGACGGCAAUGAGACUGUCCCUGAGGUUGUUGCCACAUCAGGUUAUGCCCUGCUGCAUUUUUUUAGUGAUGCUGCUUAUAAUUUGACUGGAUUUAAUAUCACUUACAAUUUUGACAUGUGUCCGAAUAAUUGCUCAGGCCGAGGAGAAUGUAAGAUCAGCAAUAGCAGCAACACUGCUCAGUGUGAAUGUUCUGAAAACUGGGAAGGUGAAGCAUGUGACAUUCCUCACUGUGUAAAUAACUGUGGUUUUCCUUAUCGAGGCAUAUGCAAUUCCAGUGAUGUCAGAGGAUGUUUCUGCUUCUCAGAGUGGCAGGGUCCUGGAUGUUCAAUUCCUGUACCAGCUAACCAGUCAUUUUGGACUCAAGAGGAAUAUUCUAACCCAAAGCUCCCCAGAGCCUCUCACAAAGCUGUGGUCAAUGGAAAUACAAUGUGGAUUGUUGGAGGAUAUAUGUUUAACCACUCAGAUUACAGCAUGGUUCUAGCGUAUGACCUUGCUUCUAGGGAGUGGCUUGCACUGAACCGUUCUGUGAACAAUGUGGUUAUUAGAUAUGGCCAUUCCUUAGCAUUAUACAAGGAUAAAAUUUACAUGUAUGGAGGGAAAAUUGAUUCAACGGGGAAUGUGACCAAUGAGCUGAGGGUGUUUCAUAUUCACAAUGAAUCGUGGGUGUUGUUGGCUCCGAAAGCCAAGGAGCAGUAUGCAGUGGUUGGGCACUCAGCACACAUCGUCACACUGAAGACGGGCCGGGUGGUCAUGCUGGUCAUCUUCGGCCACUGCCCUCUCUAUGGGUAUAUAAGCAAUGUACAGGAAUAUGACUUGGAUAAGAAUACGUGGAGUAUAUUAAAUACCCAGGGUGCCCUUGUCCAAGGGGGUUAUGGCCAUAGCAGUGUCUAUGACCACAGGACCAGAGCAGUCUAUGUUCAUGGAGGCUACAAGGCUUUCAGCGCCAAUAAAUACCGGCUCGCAGAUGAUCUCUACAGAUACGAUGUGGAUACCCAGAUGUGGACCAUUCUUAAGGACAGCCGAUUUUUCCGUUACUUGCACACAGCUGUGAUAGUGAGUGGAACCAUGCUGGUGUUUGGAGGAAACACACACAAUGACACAUCCAUGAGCCAUGGCGCCAAAUGCUUUUCUUCAGAUUUCAUGGCUUAUGACAUUGCUUGUGACCGCUGGUCAGUGCUUCCCAGACCUGAUCUGCACCAUGAUGUCAACAGAUUUGGCCACUCAGCAGUCCUACACAACAGCUCCAUGUAUGUGUUUGGUGGCUUCAAUAGUCUCCUCCUCAGUGACAUCCUGGUAUUUACCUCGGAACGGUGUGAAGCACACCAGAGUGAAGCUGCUUGUCUAGCAGCAGGACCUGGCAUCCGGUGUGUGUGGGACACAGGGUCAUCUCAGUGUAUUUCCUGGGAGUUAGCAACAGAAGCACAAGAAGAAAAGUUAAAAUCAGAAUGUUUUUCCAAAAGAACUCUUGACCAUGACAGAUGUGACCAACACACGGAUUGUUACAGCUGCACAGCCAACACCAAUGACUGCCACUGGUGCAACGACUAUUGUGUCCCUAAGAACCACAGCUGCACGGAAGGCCAGAUCUCCAUUUCCAAGUAUGAGAACUGCCCCAAGGAUAACCCCAUGUACUACUGUAACAAGAAGACCAGCUGCAGGAGCUGUGCCCUGGACCAGAACUGCCAGUGGGAGCCCCGCAAUCAGGAGUGCAUCGCCCUGCCUGAAAAUAUCUGUGGCAGUGGCUGGCAUUUGGUUUUAAACAUGUGUUUGAAAAUUUCUACUGCGAGGGAGACUUAUGACACCGCUAAAUUGUCCUGUAGGAACCACAAUGCCCUUUUGGCUUCUCUUACAAACCAGCAGAAGAUAGACUUUGUCCUUAAGCAGCUGCGAAUAAUGCAAUCAUCGCAGAGCAUGACCAAGCUGACCUUGACCCCAUGGGUUGGCCUUCGGAAGAUCAAUGUGUCCUACUGGUGCUGGGAAGAUAUGUCCCCAUUCACAAAUAGUUCGAUACAGUGGAUGCCGUUUGAGCCCAGUGAUGCUGGAUUCUGUGGAAUCUUAUCAGAACCCAGUACUCGGGGCCUGAAGGCUGCAACCUGCAUCAACCCACUCAAUGGUAGUGUCUGUGAAAAGCUGGCGAACCACAGCACCAAGCAGUGCCGGACACCGUGUGCCUUGAGGACGGCAUGUGGAGAGUGCACCAGUGGCAGCUCCGAGUGCAUGUGGUGCAGCAACAUGAAGCAGUGUGUGGACUCCAAUGCCUACGUGGCCUCCUUCCCUUAUGGCCAGUGUAUGGAGUGGUAUACCAUGAGCAGCUGUCCCCCUGAAAAUUGUUCAGGCUACUGUACCUGUAGUCAUUGCUUGGAGCAACCAGGCUGCGGCUGGUGUACUGAUCCCAGCAAUACUGGCAAAGGGAAAUGCAUAGAGGGCUCCUAUAAAGGACCAGUGAAGAUGCCUUCUCAGGCCCCUGUAGGAAAUUUCUACCCACAGCCCCUUCUCAAUUCCAGCAUGUGUCUGGAGGACAGCAGAUACAACUGGUCUUUUAUUCAUUGUCCAGCUUGCCAGUGCAAUGGCCACAGCAAAUGCAUUAAUCAGAGUAUCUGUGAGAAGUGUGAGAACCUGACCACGGGCAAGCACUGCGAGACCUGCAUAUCUGGCUUCUAUGGUGAUCCCACCAAUGGGGGGAAAUGUCAGUUAUGUAAGUGCAAUGGUCACGCAUCACUGUGCAAUACCAACUCGGGCAAGUGCUUCUGCACCACCAAGGGCGUCAAGGGGGACGAGUGCCAGCUCUGUGAAGUAGAAAAUCGAUACCAGGGAAACCCUCUCAAAGGAACAUGUUAUUAUACCCUUCUUAUUGACUAUCAGUUCACCUUUAGCCUGUCCCAGGAGGAUGACCGCUAUUACACAGCCAUCAAUUUUGUGGCUACACCUGAUGAACAAAACAGGGACUUGGACAUGUUCAUCAAUGCUUCCAAAAACUUCAAUCUCAACAUCACCUGGGCCGCCAGUUUCACAGCUGGAACCCAGGCUGGAGAAGAAAUGCCUGUUGUUUCGAAAACCAACAUUAAGGAGUACAAAGAUAGCUUCUCUAAUGAGAAGUUUGAUUUUCGCAACCACCAGAAUAUCACUUUCUUUGUUUAUGUCAGUAAUUUCACCUGGCCCAUCAAAAUUCAGAUUGCCUUCUCCCAGCACAGCAAUUUUAUGGACCUGGUACAGUUCUUCGUGACUUUUUUCAGUUGUUUCCUCUCUUUGCUCCUGGUGGCUGCUGUGGUUUGGAAGAUCAAACAAAGUUGUUGGGCCUCCAGGCGCAGAGAGCAACUUCUGCGAGAGAUGCAGCAGAUGGCCAGUCGUCCCUUUGCCUCUGUAAAUGUUGCCUUGGAAACAGAUGAAGAGCCUCCUGAUCUUAUUGGGGGAACUAUAAAGGCUGUUCCCAAACCCAUUGCCCUGGAGCCAUGUUUUUACUACAAAGCUGCUGUCCUCUCCGCAUUUGUGAGGCUCCCUCGAGGCCUUGGUGGAAUCCCUCCUCCGGGGCAGUCCGGUCUCGCAGUAGCCAGCGCCCUGGUGGACAUUUCUCAGCACCUGCCAGUGCUGUACAAGGAGAAGUUAGGAGCACUGAGAAACCGGAAGCAGCAGCCCCCUGCGCAGCCUGGGACCUGCAUUUGAUGCUGGGCCAGGGAAUCUCCGUGAGUGAGCAAGUGGAGGCGAGGUGGCGUGCUGGAGUCUGCAGGGAGGGAGCAGGCAGGAGGCGCUGUGCCGAGCGGAGCAGGGCAAAAAACUGGAAACCCUCCGACUGGAAACAUCGACUCAUCUGCAUGUUCACAAGCUUUCUUUGACAGUUUCUCCCAUCUGUGCUCCAGCAUCUAACCUUUUAUUUUUGCAUAGGGAAUAAUUGAUUUAAUUACAGGUCCAGGGACGAUCCAGAUGUUGCUGGAGGAGGCCAGUGUGGAGCCAGUGAGAGAGCUAGGAAUGAUACUCAGGUUUACUUGUGGGAAACUGGUCUUGGGACUGUCUCAACUGUGCAAAAAACAAAGAUGUUGUGUUUACAAGUGAACGUGCAUCAUCAGUCGUUCUGGAACAAGGUCUUUUCAAAACUAGUUAGAUAGAUGAACUUGUCAUCUGAAACCUAUCUUUUUAAAAAUAUGUGCUAUUUAUUCUUGCACAUUUUAGGCAGAUAACUCUCUUCCAGGGAGCUUUUUUUCUAGUUGAGAACUAAUGUCACUUUUGAAUCAUAUUAAACUGAGAUAGAAGGGGGCUAUUUUAAAUGUCAAGGUCAGCAGUGUUACUUAGAAUGUAAACUGGUGUGAUAGGUAGUUUUCUAUAGCAACUUGGUUAAUUUAGGUCUUAAUCCAUUUGGAAUAUCUCUCUCUCUCUCUCUCUCUCACACACACCCACACACACUAAGUGCCUAGACUUUAAAUAGAUCUAGCAACUGGAAAGUUAGUAAGCUUACGUUUUUACAUAAUUGCAUUCCUACAUUCUUACAGAAUUUAAAUAGCUCCCAUUGGCAAUCUGCUUUUUUUCUAAAAUGUACUUUGCAGCCAGGAAAGAAUUCUCACCCCAAGCAACCUUUAUCCCAGCAGCAAGGACUGAGAGGAAAGCGGAAAUGACCUAACUGUAAAAGCUCCUGUUGUUAUUGUUGACAUAAGGACACGAGGCGUGAUCCCCUGUGUCCCCCUGCUGCCAGGGCAGCACAGAAGAAGGGACUCACUCGUGGUACAUGUCUCCCCUGAGCAGAAAAGAGCAUGACAGCAUCUGGAUCAAAGCAACUGUUCCUGGAGCCUGCGCCGAGCUGCAGGCUGCGGUGGGAUCGCACGCCAGGCGAAGGACCUCUUUCCCCAGGAGGGGCUGUGUUCUUCACGCCUCCCCAGGCCCAGGUGGGGCCAUGGGGAAGGCAGUGAACACGAAAAGGAUGAAAAGCACAGGGAAAAAAUCGACAAGGGAAAACUACGCCAAAUGGAAAGUGACCAAAUAUAAACAGGGUGGGGACAGACCUGGCUUUUCUCCCAGGGCACUGCCUGGGCAUCAUGCUGUCCCCAUGGUGCUCUGUUCCCUGGCAUUAUGCAGCAGCCUCCCAAGACCUCUCCUGCUUCAGAGCCUGGCGUGGACCCCUAGACAACUGGGCUCGUUUGUGAGUUUGGAUAAGUAAAUACUCAAAAGAGCAAAAACUGUGACAUUUCACCUUUAAAUGCAGUGCCUAGAGAGGGAGUGUUAUCUCUUCCCCACUACCGACCCACUCCCAUGAAGAAUGGCCUGGGAAGAUGUUUUCAAAGAAGUUGAACUAGAAAAUACUGUCUGGUUCACAAAAUACCUCUACUUUGAGACUUGCCUCUAGAAAGCUGUAUUUUCACAUCACUGUUAAAAGAGCAGAUGGUUCUAGAAAAGACCUCUGGACUCCUCAUGUACCUACUCCAGGUCACCGCACCCAUGGGAGCCUGCCAUGCAUGGCCCUUCACCUAUGAUUGGCCCAGAGGGAGGCACUGCAGAGGAUUCUACCAUGAGGGACAUCCUUGUUUGUUCUAAGGACCCCGUGUGCUCUUGUCCAGAGAAGUCCCUUCCCCACAGUAGUUCCAGGCCUUGAAAGAACAUGCACUGGUCCCACAGCCACCUAGUUUUAUUUAUUUUUUCCUAAAAGAUAAUGUUUUGUUUUAAAAGGGAAGAAAAGAGCAAAUGAAGUGUAAUUCUGCUCCCACAGUGGAGAAGCAGCUGAACCCACUGCUUCCUCUUUUGCAGCCCAUAGCAAGCGGCUUUCUCCAGGCUCGGCCAGAGGAAGGGGGUGGCAGGAGAAAAGGCACUCGCUUAGAGCCAGUUACCAAGAGGGCAUCAUCUGGAACUUCAGAGAUGUCUGCGUGUCACAGGAGAGCCUGUACAUAAAUUAAAGUAGUCAUGACAACCUUGAUAUUGCACUUGUACAUAACUAUACAGUAGUCCAGAAUGUUCAGACAUUCAGAGUGUACAUAAAACAGAAAAAUAUCUAAAUGUAUUUUUAUUAAAUGUAUGGCAUCUGAGUUUCACCCAAUGUGUGUUUGUGCCAUAUACUGGAUAUCCGAGUUCAGAGAAGUCCUCUUGUUAGGCCCUGAAGCUCUGAUAACAAAGCCAGAAAGGGCACCCCCAUCAUGCCGAUGUGUUGAGGUGCACCUGGUACCAAUGGGAUACCCUGAGAACCCGGUCAUCUGUCAGUACACGCGGAAGCCGGCAGUGAGUUCGUGUAAACAG